CAGAAUAUGUGAACAUGUCCGAUGGAAAUCCUUGCUCAGGUUCUGGAUGCUGCCAGAGCUCAAUCCCUAAGGGCCUCAAAUCACUUGAUAUUUCAUUAUUUAGUUUUUACAACUACACGAACGUUUCGGACUUCAAUCUCUGUGGAUUUGCUUUUUUAGUGGACAAGAACUCCUUGAAGAUUUCAGAUUGGCCGCUCUCUCGCAAGCCAAAAUAUGGAAAAGAUGCAUAUACAACAGAUAUUGUGAUUGAAUGGGUAGUUAAAAAUGAGACGUGCGAACAGGCUAAAGCUAAUGCAAGUGCAUAUGCUUGUGGCGCUAAUGCAAAUUGCACCUACCCUGAGAGUGGUCAAGGAUAUCGUUGCUUAUGCAAUGAAGGGUUCGAAGGAAAUCCCUAUCUCGAAGAAGGAUGCCAAGAUAUCGAUGAGUGCAAGGAUCCAGAAAGAUAUCCAUGUCAUGGUAGAUGCAAGAACACCAUUGGGAAUUACAAGUGUCGAUGUCCACUUGGUAUGUAUGGUGAUGGUAAAGUAGGCUGUCAAGGAUUUGGUAUCAUCACACUAAUUACUGCUAUUGGAGCAGCCAUUUUGCUUGUGAUCAUUUGUGUUCUACUGUACCUGAUGUGCGAGAAAAGGAAAAAGGAUAGAAACUUCAGGGAGAACGGGGGAAUGGUUUUGAAGAACCAACGAGUUAGGAUUUUCAGCGAGGCGGAGCUGGAAAAGGCAACAAAAAAUUAUGAUGAUGAUCAGAAACUUGGAGAAGGUGGUUUUGGUUCUGUUUACAGAGGAGUUCUAGCAGACGAUGUCCAAGUUGCAGUCAAGAAGUUUAAAGGGGUAGACAAGGCUCAGAUGAAUGAGGAAUUUCAAAAGGAAAUGGGCGUUGUCUCACAGGUCAAUCACAAGAACGUGGUGAAGCUCUUGGGCCUGUGUUUGGAGACCAAAGUGCCAUUGUUAGUUUAUGAGUUCAUUUCAAACGGAACUCUUUUCAAGCACAUACAUGACAAAACGUCGCAGUUACUAGCUUCCUGGAGCAAUCGUCUGAGGAUAGCAUCAGAGAUUGCCCUUGCGCUUAAUUACCUGCAUUCUCUUGCAGACCCUCCGAUUAUUCAUGGAGAUGUCAAGUCCGUGAACAUACUUUUAGACAACAACUACACAGCAAAGGUUGCAGAUUUUGGAGCUUCAGUGCUGAUUUCUUCAGACCAAACCAUUAUAGCCACAAAAAUACAAGGGACUUGAGGCUACCUGGAUCCAGAGUAUCUCAUGACGGGUAUUUUAACCGCAAGGAGCGAUGUCUUCAGCUUUGGGGUAGUUCUUGUGGAGCUUCUCACGGGAGAAAAGCCAAACUCCAGUUCCAGUUCUGGAGAGAAACGGAACCUGAUUCAACACUUUAUCUCAGCACUGGAAACUAACAAUCUUUUCAGAAUUUUGGAUUUCCAGGCAGCUGAUGAAGGCGAAAUGGAUGAGAUAGAAGCUGUAGCUGAGCUUGCAAAAGGAUGUCUGAAUAGCAUGGGAGUAAACCGGCCGACCAUGAAAGAAGUGUCUGAUGAGCUUUCUAAGCUGAAAGAUCUUCAUCAGAAAUCAUGGGCUCAGCAAAAUAGCGAAGAGACGGACUACUUGUUAGGCGAAUCAUCACAAUCUUUUGGCAAGAAAGAAGGUCAGCCAAUGACUCAUUCUCAGACUGUGAUAUCAUUUGAGAUUCAGAACUACACUGAUAGUAUUUAAAACUGGAGCGAUCGU